CUACUAUAACGUAGAAGACUAUAAACCGGUGUACACUGUAAAUAUUCAUAAACAGAGCUCAGUCUCUUUACUGUAACAGCAGCUAUUGAUCUGUGUAGUCAUCCUGCUUCAUACAGAGAACUACCACAAAGAGACCACUCGAUGGCGAUGCCCCGGUUGUUUCUCAACAUUCUGCUGACCUCACAAUUGACUGUGUCCCUGCCAAGUGAAGCACAAAAGCAAAUCCCCCCCCCCCACACUUCCAGCCCGAGCUGCCCAGUUUAUCCCGGUGUCCCUGGCAUACCUGGUCAUAACGGUCUGCCUGGGAGAGAUGGGAGGGACGGGCAUGACGGAGUCACAGGACCCAAGGGAGAGAAAGGACACCCUGGAGGAAUAGGGGUACAGGGACCCCCUGGUGAUGUGGGGCCAGCUGGACCUAAAGGGGAGAUAGGGGAGCCAGGAGAUGCAGGAGGCAACAGUGUGAUCAGCCAUUUACUCGCUGAGAUCCAACAGCUCAAAGCCAGACAGGCUAAUCUUGAGAAAGCUGCAAGCUUCAGGGUCUUCCAGAAGGCAGGGGACAAAUAUUUAGUGUCCAAUGGAGUGCUGGGGAGUUUCGAUGAAGGUUUGAAGUUCUGCAACAACGUUGGUGCGACACUGGUCAUGCCAAGGAAUGAUGUGGAGAACCAAGCUCUUUCCAAAUUCAUUGUUGGUGCUUCUUAUGGUUUCCUGGGAGCAACAGACAGGAAAACAGAGGGUGUUUGGGUAGAUUUGAAUGACGAGCCACUGACGUAUCUGGACUGGCACAGUGGGGAACCAAACAGUGGAGGUAAUGGUAUAGAAGACUGUAUUGCAACAACAACCUCUGGACCUUGGGUUGAUAUUACCUGUGAUGCAAACAUUGUUAUAAUAUGUGAAAUUUAAACAUGGGAUUUUUUUUCUCCAUAAAAUCACUGACCUACAUUUUGAUUUCUAUUAAAUGAAUAUUCAAGCAAAUUAUCUUACCAAAUCUUACAAGACAAUACUAAUAUAUCACAACCAUCCUGCAGACACUGUUUAUGAGAGCUGCAAAUUCUUUACAGACGGUCAAUAAAAUGAAUAAAAAAGAGCAAGGAAUUGUGUGUUUCUCUCUCGGACCAGGUGAUGUCCAUGUUUGUUUAGUGUGGCGGUUUGACAACCAGGACCAGGUGAUGUCCAUGUUUGUUUAGUGUGGCGGUUUGACAACCAGGACCAGUUGAUGUCCAUGUUUGUUUAGUGUGGCGGUUUGACAACCAGGACCAGGUGAUGUCCAUGUUUGUUUAGUGUGGCGGUUUGACAACCAGGACCAGGUGAUGUCCAUGUUUGUUUAGUGUGGCGGUUUGACAACCAGGACCAGGUGAUGUCCAUGUUUGUUUAGUGUGGCGGUUUGACAACCAGGACCAGGUGAUGUCCAUGUUUGUUUAGUGUGGCGGUUUGACAACCAGGACCAGUUGAUGUCCAUGUUUGUUUAGUGUGGCGGUUUGACAACCAGGACCAGGUGAUGUCCAUGUUUGUUUAGUGUGGCGGUUUGACAACCAGGACAAAGUAGGCUAUUUUAUCAUCUCACACGGCUCACAAUGGAAACAUCUUCCUUUCAGGUGCAGCACAGGACAAUAUGGAUGUAACCAACACAGUCAAACAUUAUUCUUCCUUUUAUAUAAGGAGUUACAUGUAUUUUUCAACAUAACACAGUUAGAACAAUGUAUUAUUUCAACCCAGAAUAACGUCACAUUUGUUUAGGGUUCAGAGGAGAUAUAGUGAAUGAAAACAGUGAACAAACUGACAUGAAAUGUGUAUGUUAUUCUGUGCCAUGCUCAUAUUUGAUUGUUCCUCUCAGUUGUUGAUGUGAUUGUAACCCAAUAGCAGCCCCUAGUGGUGAUCUGGAAUAACCUCACCUUUCUGAGACCACACCUAAACCACAGGUGUCAUGAAUUAUUUGUCGACCUUCCAAGUCUGCGUUCCAAUUCUCUACACUUCUCCAGAAGAGUGCACUUGUUCACUCCCCCUCAUGUUUUAAAAGUAUUAUACUGAACCAGAAUAUAAAUGCAACAUGUAAAGUGUUUGUCCCAUGUUUCAAGGGCUGAAAUAAAAGAUCCCAGGAAUGUUCCAUCAGCACAAAAAGUUUAUUUCUGCCAAAUUUUGUGCAUAACUUUCUUUACAUCCCUCUUAGUGAGUAUUUCUCCUUUGCCAAGAGAAUCCAUCCAUCUGACAGGUGUGGAAUGUCAAGAGCUAAUUAAAGAGUAUGAUAUUUAACAGUGUU